AUGGAUGCCACCCGCUGCCUCCUCGCGUUCCUGCUGCUCCUGCUCCAAGCCAUUGCGGGCUCCUCCUCCGAUACCAAACACCUCAUCGCCGUCAGGUUCGCGCUCCACGACCCCACCGGCGCGCUCGCCGGCUGGGCCGCCGCCACCAACCGCAGCUCCCCGUGCCGCUGGGCGCACGUCUCUUGCGCCGAGAACUCCACGGCGGCCGUUGCGGGGGUUAAUCUUUACAAUCUCACCCUCGGCGGCGCCUUUCCCGCCGCGCUCUGCUCCUUGCGGUCCCUGGAGCACCUCGACCUCUCCGCGAACCAACUCAUGGGCCCGCUGCCGGCCUGCGUCGCGGCGCUCCCGACGCUCAUCCACCUCAACCUCGCCGGGAACAACUUCUCCGGCCAAGUCCCACCGUCGUGGGGCGCCGGGUUCCGCUCGCUUGCUGUGCUGAACCUGGUCCAGAACAUGCUCUCGGGCGAGUUCCCGGCGUUCUUGGCCAACCUCACCGGCCUCCAGGAGCUCCAACUCGCCUACAACCCCUUCUCUCCGUCGCCAUUGCCGGAGAAGUUCUUCGACCUACCCGGCCUCCGCGUGCUGUUCAUCGCCAACUGCUCCCUCAACGGUACCAUCCCCUCUUCCAUCGGGAAGCUCAAGAAUCUCGUCAAUCUGGACCUUUCGUCGAACAACUUAUCCGGUGAGAUACCAUCAAGCAUUGGGAAUCUGAGUUCUUUGGAGCAGAUCGAACUCUUCUCGAAUCAGCUCUCCGGUACUAUUCCCGUGGGUCUAGGAGGCCUCGAGAAGCUGCAUUCGCUGGACUUCUCCAUGAACCGGCUCACCGGGGAGAUACCGGAGGACAUGUUCACGGCGCCGAGGCUUGCGAGUGUGCACGUGUACCAGAACAAUCUGUCCGGUCCCUUGCCAGUGACGCUGGGGACGGCGGCGCCAAGUCUGUCUGACCUGAGGAUUUUCAGCAACCAGUUUUCAGGGCCGUUGCCGCCGGAGUUUGGGAAGAAUUGCCCGAUCGGAUUCCUGGACAUGUCGGACAACCGGCUGUCGGGUCCGAUUCCGGCGACGCUUUGUGCUUUCGGGAAACUAAACCAGCUCAUGUUGCUGGACAAUGAGUUUGAGGGCCCCAUUCCGGUUGAACUGGGGCAAUGCCGGUCACUCGUGAGGGUGCGGCUGCAGAGCAACAGAUUGUCUGGCCCAGUGCCACCAAAAUUUUGGGGAUUGCCCAAUGUCUACUUGCUGGAGCUUCGUGAGAAUGCACUGUCAGGGACGGUUGAUCCUGCCAUUGCCAGUGCCAAGAACCUAUCCACGCUGCUCCUACAGGACAACCGGUUCACUGGUACUCUGCCUACCGAGCUGGGGACCUUGGACAGCCUGCAAGAGUUCAAGGCCUCCAACAAUGGUUUCACUGGACCCAUACCUCGGUCGAUUGCCAAGCUUUCAUUGCUUUACAAUCUUGAUCUGAGCAACAAUUCUCUCUCUGGAGAGAUCCCAGGGGAUUUUAGUAAGCUGAAGAAACUGUCACAGUUGGACCUUUCAGAUAACCACCUCACUGGGAAUGUCCCUCCGGAGCUUGGGGAGAUCGUCGAGAUAAAUACGCUGGAUUUGUCAAACAAUGAGCUUUCUGGUCAGUUGCCUGUGCAGUUGGGGAAUCUCAAGCUAGCUCGUUUCAACAUAUCCUAUAACAAGCUCUCAGGGCCUUUACCCAGUUUCUUCAAUGGCUUACAGUACCAGGACAGCUUCUUGGGCAACCCUGGCCUGUGCUAUGGGUUCUGUCAGAGCAACGACGAUUCCGAUGCCAGACGGAGCAAGAUUAUCAAGACGGUGGUCUCCAUCAUAGGUGUUGGUGGGUUCAUCCUACUCAUUGGCAUCGCUUGGUUCGGCUACAAGUGCAGGAUGCACAAGAUGAGUGCUGCUGAAUUGGAUGAUGGGAAAUCUAGCUGGGUGCUGACAUCCUUCCACAGGGUGGAUUUCAGUGAGAGGGCCAUUGUCAAUAGCCUUGAUGAGAGCAAUGUGAUUGGCGAGGGCGGUGCAGGCAAGGUGUACAAGGUGGUUGUUGGGCCUCAAGGUGAGGCCAUGGCUGUCAAGAAACUCUGGCCUAGUGGUGUGGCAAGCAAAAGGAUAGACUCAUUUGAGGCUGAGGUUGCAACGCUAAGCAAAGUUCGGCACAGGAACAUUGUAAAGCUUGCAUGCAGCAUCACAAACAGUGUCAGCAGGUUGCUUGUCUAUGAGUACAUGACAAAUGGUAGCCUGGGGGAUAUGCUGCACAGUGCGAAACGCAUCAUCUUGGAUUGGCCCAUGAGGUAUAAGAUUGCUGUUAACGCUGCUGAAGGACUCUCAUACUUGCACCAUGACUGGUCUUGUGGAUAUAUCGCUCCUGAGUAUGCUUACACUCUCCAUGUCACUGAAAAGAGUGACAUCUAUAGCUUUGGUGUGGUGAUCCUUGAGCUUGUUACCGGAAAGAAGCCGAUGGCAGCAGAGAUUGGCGAGAUGGACCUGGUGGCGUGGGUAUCUGCCAGCAUUGAGCAGAACGGGCUAGAGUCUGUGCUUGAUCAGAACCUCGCUGAGCAGUUCAAGGAUGAAAUGUGCAAGGUUCUGAAAAUUGCACUGCUCUGUGUCUCAAAACUUCCAAUCAAACGACCACCAAUGAGGUCCGUGGUGACGAUGCUGCUGGAGGUCAAGGAAGAGAACAAGCCAAAGACGAAGGCGGCAGCAACUCUGCCCAUCUGA